UCAUUCAUUCAGUCUAUAAAGCGUUUCAUCCAGGAGCUCGUCUUGAGAGUGACUCUGUGAAUGGACUGAAGCGAUGACUCUGUUUGUUUAUGGGAUCUUGUGUUUGACGUCUCUCGCAGCCGUUUUGUCUAGUUUGCAUCCUGAAUGUGAAUAUAUUUUCCAGUUGGCCAGAGAUGAAGUGCGAUGUCUUGGCGAGAUCAGAAAAGUUGGAAACCUCAGCAGCUCAGGUUGUCUACCUGUAUGGGAUUCUGUGUUGUGUUGGCCCAGAGCUGCAGUAGGUGACACAAUCUACCUGCCCUGUCCACCCGUUUUCUCUUUAUUCAAGAACAACACGGGUAUAGUGGGUCGUAACUGCAGUGCUGGAGGUUGGUCACAGCCUUUCCCUCCAUAUCAUGAAGCCUGUAGUGUUGAAGAUGAAAUCACUGAGGAUUCAUACUUUGCUACAGUAAAACUGAUCUACACCAUUGGUUACGGAGCAUCACUCCUCUCUCUCUCGGUUGCCGUGGUAAUCCUGUUGCUCUUCAGAAGACUACACUGUGCUCGAAACUACAUCCACAUGCAGCUCUUCUUGACCUUCAUCCUUAAAUCUGUGGCUGUAUUUAUAAAAGAUGCUACACUGUUUGCCAGUGAUGACACAGACCACUGCACGCUGUCUACGGCAGCUUGUAAAGCAUCUGUGGUGUUUUGUCAUUAUUGUGUAAUGUGUAAUUUCUUCUGGUUGCUGGUUGAAGCAGUGUAUCUCAACUCUCUUCUGGUCUCCAACUUCCCGCGCAUGCGGCGAUGCCUCUUGAGUUUUGCUCUGCUGGGUUGGGGUGUACCAUUAGUCUGCAUCAUCCUUUGGAUUAUCUCCAGACUGUUUUUUGAGGACACAGAGUGCUGGGACAUCAAUGAAGAUUCUCCUUUUUGGUGGAUCAUCAAGGGUCCGAUUGUCGUAUCCAUAGGGGUGAACUUUCUUCUUUUUAUGAACAUUAUCAGGAUUUUGGUCCAGAAGCUAAACCCUCGUCUGAUCCAGUUCAAUAACUCUGCUCAGUACAGGCGACUGACCAAGUCCACCCUUUUGCUCAUCCCUCUCUUCGGCACUCAUUACAUAGUGUUCAGUUUUCUCCCAGACUACUUCAACGUGAGCUUGCGGCUUUGCGUCGAGCUCUGUCUGGGCUCCUUUCAGGGUCUCAUUGUUGCAGUUCUGUACUGUUUUCUCAACCAGGAGGUUCAGAAAGAAAUACGGUUACGAUGGAUUCGUCAUCAAGAGGAGAGUUACGCUGUCGUACCUGUUGGUGCCAAAGGAAGUCAGAUGGACACUCCAUUUUAAAGUCAUAUGGUUUGAGACCACUGAUGCCAAAAUACAAUACAGUACAUAGGCGUACAUAAGGUGGCCCCAAAAGGGAUUUGGACAUUUUUAAGUGCAUAAAUGUGAGUGCAUCAGAUAACAAUGAAGAAAGUGCUAACUAUUUAAUUUAAGUGGUAUUAAAUAUCAACAUGAACAGAAUAGUGUUUGGUCAUUCACUUUACACCUUGUAAUAUAAUGACAUUCAUAGAUUUUUAAGUGCAGCUUAAAUAUUUUUUGCUACAACAUACGUUAUAUUUUUUCACGUGUUUGGAUGUUUCGUUGGAAAUAGUGAUCCCUUUGGGGAACUUUGGGUGGGAUUACUUAAAGUAUGGCCAAAAAGUACACCUUUGCACCUACAGAGUUCAUAUUCCUAAAUGCUACAUAUUAAAGGUACAGUGUGUAAUUUUUAGAAGGAUUUCUUGACAUAAAUGCAAAAUAUUAUACAAAACUAUAUGAUCAGGUGUGUAUAAAAACCUUUCAUAAUGCACCGUUAUGUUUGUAUUACCUUAGAAUGAGAUGUUUUUAUCUACAUACGCCGAGGGUCCCCUUACAUGAAAGUCGCCAUUUUGUGCCGCCAUGUUUCUACAGAAGCGACAAACUUUUUCUGGUGGCGGCUAAUGUAGCUCUUCUAUGCGUUUCAAAAGCGAAGGGGGAGCAGUGACUGAGCCGUUGGUUGCAAUGCGCAACCUCACCACUAGAUGCCGCAAAAAUGUACACACUGCACCUUUAAGACCUUUUUACAGGGUAUUGCCCCAGUGACACUUAGGAGCAUUUUGACCAUCUUUUCUGACAGUGUAUUUACUACAGAUGCCUUUCAAAUCUAUAUAAUUAAUAUUCUUAUUACUUUAAUUAUGUUCAUUAUUUUGGAGAAACGGUAAUGGAGCUAUGUUAUAUUGUGAAGGAGAGCAGGUUUGAUGUUUGUAUUUACAGCAUUUUGUAUGUACAGUAUUUACAAGAUUUAUUCAUUUAUACACAUGCUUGCUAUCUCUAGCAGUGUUGAUUUCACAAAUCACUCAGUAUUACAAAAUGUCUUAAACUGUGAUAUUUACUUAUUAACUCCACAUACAAAUUCUAAUAGACCCCUCACAUCACAAGCUAUUCCCACUGCGCAUGUCGGGGUCAGAAAAGUCAUUACAGCAGAUUGAGUUGCGUAUUAUUUGGUAUCAUCAAAAAUGCCUACUUACGUCGUGGGCUGUGAAAAUCGCACCAGGUCUUCCGUUAAGUUUUCGCGAUUCAUGCAGAAUCUCAAAAAAAAAAAAAACAACAACAUCUGCGUCUGCAAGCAAUUAACGUGCAGACUGAGACAAUGCAAAUAUCAAAGAGGCUUGUGUUUGUAGUGCUCACUUCAUUUGAGGUAAGUCAUCGUUUUUGAGCCCUGUUAGAUUAAAUUAUAAAGCCUAAAUGGUAUUAACAGUUCGACCCCGUGCUGCGCGCGCACCCGAUAGUCAUUCAAUGUUUACAAACCUUGAAGGGGUCUAUAUCAUCAAGAUUGAAGAUGUUUUUGUUUGGUUUCAUCAUGUCAGUAGUACUGCAUUACAGAAGUAUUGAGAUUUUUCUUAGUAGUUUAAAUCUUAUACCAAGUUUGAAUCUCAUCCCAUCAUUACAACUUAACUGUACAGUCAAGCCAUCAUAAUGUCUGUUCUGCUCGGUUAUCCUACUUAUUGAUUUUAGUGUUGUUUAAACCUGCCAAAAUGUAUCAACAGUAUUUGAUUUGUAUUUGAGUUACUUCAAGCCAAGAGACCAAAGAUUCGUGUUUGUGUUAAUUUGGAGGCCCCUACUCUCAUCUCCUUUAAUGUGCAUUAUUGUUUCUUGUAAUCAGCUCAAGAAAUCAUUGUAAAAUCUUAUUUAAUAUAUUGUAUUAUAAAAUAUAUUACAUAUUGUUUGUCAACAGUGAAUUCAUCAUUUUGUUUAUUUGUUUGAUUGUGUAAUUUUGAUUGCAAAAUGUUUGAGUGCCUUUAAGUCUCUUUUUUAGAUCAAUAGAUUUAAUUAUAACAUAAAUAGAGACCCAAUUUUGUGUUUUUUUUUUUGUGUGUGUUAUGGCAUGCCACUUUCCUUUAAUUGUGCGCUUUAAAGGCAAAGUGCAUCUGCCUUGAGUCUAUGCCAUAACUGAUGUGCAUAUGUUUGUGUACUGCAUGUCAAUUCAUUUAAACAGGUAUGUAACUAAACAAGCUCUUACUAUGUGUAUGCUUACCUGCUAUUGAGCUCAAUUGUUUUGCUUUGAUGUCUGACAUUUACGCACUUUCUAAUAAAAUACCUUAUCAAACAUAAUGGUGUCUUUCAGAAAUCUGGAAUAAAUUACAGUUUUCUCUAUCAGUAAUGUAAUGUAGGUCUGACCUCUAGUGGUAAACACUUUAUACUACUAUUAUACUACUAUUAAACUUCGAUAACCAUUUUCAAAGCCAGGCUAAAAACACACCUAUUUAAAGUGGCCUUUACUGUGUCUUAACUGUCCUGUCCCGUUUGUCUGUAGUAUAUUGUUUUUUCUUGAUUUUGUCUUAAAUUUCUGAGUGCUACUUUUAAUUAU